GAGGACGAGAAACCGCUGGUGCCGGUCCCCUGGGGCGCCAUGGCGACCGGAGCGAACGCCACGCCGCUGGACUUCCCAAGUAAGAAGAGGAAGAGGAGCCGUUGGAACCAAGACACAAUGGAACAGAAGACAGUGAUUCCAGGAAUGCCCACAGUUAUUCCCCCUGGACUGACACGGGAACAAGAAAGAGCUUACAUAGUGCAACUACAGAUAGAAGACCUGACUCGUAAACUGCGCACAGGAGACCUGGGCAUCCCCCCUAACCCUGAGGACAGGUCCCCUUCCCCUGAGCCAAUCUACAACAGUGAGGGGAAGCGGCUUAAUACUCGAGAGUUCCGUACCCGCAAAAAGCUUGAAGAGGAGCGACACACACUUAUCACAGAGAUGGUUGCUCUCAACCCGGACUUUAAACCACCUGCAGAUUACAAGCCUCCAGCAACACGUGUGAGUGAUAAAGUAAUGAUCCCCCAAGAUGAGUAUCCAGAAAUCAAUUUUGUGGGUCUCUUAAUUGGGCCUAGAGGGAAUACUCUGAAGAACAUUGAGAAGGAAUGCAAUGCCAAGAUCAUGAUACGGGGGAAAGGAUCUGUGAAAGAGGGGAAAGUUGGGCGCAAAGAUGGUCAAAUGUUGCCAGGAGAGGAUGAACCUCUUCAUGCUCUAGUCACUGCCAAUACAAUGGAGAAUGUCAAAAAGGCAGUAGAACAGAUCAGAAACAUCCUGAAGCAGGGUAUUGAGACCCCAGAGGACCAGAAUGAUCUACGGAAGAUGCAGCUUCGGGAGUUGGCUCGUUUGAAUGGCACUCUACGGGAAGAUGAUAACAGGAUCUUAAGACCCUGGCAGAGCUCAGAGACACGCAGCAUUACCAAUACUACCGUGUGUACCAAGUGUGGAGGGGCUGGCCACAUUGCAUCUGAUUGCAAAUUUCAGAGGCCUGGUGACCCUCAGUCAGCUCAGGAUAAAGCACGGAUGGAUAAAGAAUAUUUGUCCCUUAUGGCUGAGCUAGGGGAAGCUCCUGUUCCUGCAUCUGUGGGCUCUACGUCUGGACCUGCCACCACACCCUUGUCCAGUGCACCAAGACCUGCUGCUCCUGCCAGCAACCCACCACCACCGUCUCUCAUGUCUACAACGCAGAGUCGCCCACCCUGGAUGAAUUCUGGCCCUUCAGAGAAUCGGCCCUAUCAUGGCAUGCAUGGAGGUGGUCCUGGUGGGCCUGGAGGUGGCCCCCACAGUUUCCCACACCCAUUACCCAGCCUGACAGGUGGGCAUGGUGGACAUCCCAUGCAGCACAACCCAAAUGGACCACCACCACCUUGGAUGCAGCCACCACCCCCACCAAUGAACCAGGGCCCCCACCCACCUGGGCAUCAUGGCCCUCCUCCAAUGGAUCAGUACCUGGGAAGUACGCCUGUGGGCUCUGGGGUCUAUCGCCUGCAUCAAGGAAAAGGUAUGAUGCCGCCACCGCCUAUGGGCAUGAUGCCGCCGCCUCCGCCACCUCCCAGUGGGCAGCCCCCGCCUCCUCCCUCUGGUCCUCUUCCUCCAUGGCAGCAGCAGCAGCAGCAGCCUCCACCACCCCCUCCGCCCAGCAGCAGUAUGGCUUCCAGCACCCCCUUGCCAUGGCAGCAAAAUACGACGACUACCACCACGAGCGCUGGCACAGGGUCCAUCCCGCCAUGGCAACAGCAGCAGGCGGCUGCCGCAGCUUCUCCAGGAGCCCCUCAGAUGCAAGGCAACCCCACUAUGGUGCCCCUGCCCCCCGGGGUCCAGCCGCCUCUGCCGCCCGGGGCCCCUCCCCCUCCGCCGCCUCCGCCACCUGGUUCCGCCGGCAUGAUGAUCCCUCCCCGCGGCAGCGAUGGCCCGAGCCAUGAGAGUGAGGACUUUCCGCGCCCAUUGGUGACCCUUCCAGGCAGACAGCCUCAGCAGCGCCCUUGGUGGACAGGAUGGUUCGGCAAAGCAGCCUGAGUUAUUUUUGUGGACGGAAUCGGAACACGCUGGCUCCAUAUCGUGAAAUUUUUAUUAAUUUUUAUCUUUUUCCUUUGUUAUUUCCUUAUCUUUUCCUUUCUUCAGACUCCGUCCAAGGAGAUGCUCUCCCCGGUCUUCUGCUGCAGAUAGAAUCCUUUCCCUUGUCUCCAUUCCUCUUUCCCCAAGGAGAGAGGAGCAAAUGGUUAGGCACAGACUUUGGCCAUUAAUGUCAAGUUUGGUUGUGAAGGCGGGUCCUGUGUGGUUUAUCUUUGCCACCUUUUAAAGCAUCUUGAGAAUUUAGAUGUUGUUAGAUAGGGUUAAUCCAGCCCUGGGAUUCAUACCUUCCUGUACUCCUGCCAGCAGUAAGUGGGACAGCCCAAGCCACUAUAGACCUGCCUGCCAGUCUGGAGUCUUCCAUGCUCCUGAUCACCUAAACUGCCUCAGAUGCCAUUUGCUUCUCUUCUUCCAGGAAAGCUUCCCGUUAUUGUUUUAUUUUGACCCCAGAUGUCCAGAUGUUUUACAGUGUCUGGGGCUUGUGCCCCUUGUUCUUCGUUCAGCUUCUUUGCCCCUUCCCUCUUCAUGGAGUGAUUAUGUUGACAAUAAUGUGUAAUGCGCGUUCUUUUCACUGGUUUAUCUACAGAAAUUUCUCUGGGCUUUUUUUUUUGUUUUUUGUUUUUGUUGUUUUUUUGGUGUUUGAUUCAACACUGCACUAAAGGGGGGAAUGUUCCAUUGAAUAAAAGAGCAGUGUGGUUUUCUGGG